UCAUCUCCUACGAAUUGCAGUGCCUGCUCGCUCGAUCGCAAGAUAAAUGGCCUUAAGGUUGAGCCCUUCUUGUUUCCUUCAUGGCUGCGGUCCAAAGUCUUCCACUGUUGUGUUACUUCCCCCUUUUCCUUCCUCCUAUAAACCCAGCCACUUUGCCAUGCUUGCCGGGAUCAACAAGAAGAAGAAGAAGAAGAAGACUGUUGUACGUGCCAUUAGUCCGGAAAAGCUUGAGGUCGUUAAAUCUAUGGAGGGAUGGAUGGAGGAUAACGUGUUGACGUUCCUGAAGCCGGUGGAGAGCUCAUGGCAGCCUCAGGAUUUCCUGCCGGAUCCUUCGGGGGAAGGCUUCUUGGAUGGGAUAAAGGAGAUCCGUGAGCGGGCGGCAGAGAUCCCCGACGCGUACUAUGUCUGCCUCGUCGGCAACAUGAUCACCGAAGAAGCUCUGCCCACUUACGAGAACGUCCUCAACACUUUCGACGGCACCCGGGACGAAACCGGGGCGAGCAUGACGGCGUGGGCGAGGUGGACGAGGAAGUGGACGGCGGAAGAAAACCGCCACGGCGACGUCCUGAACAAGUACCUGUACUUGAGCGGGAGGUUGAACAUGCGGCAGAUCGAGAAGACGAUACAGUACUUGAUCGGAUCGGGCAUGAUGAUAGAGGCAGACAACGAUCCGUAUCGUGGCUUCGUGUACACGUCCUUCCAAGAGAGGGCAACCUUCAUCUCACACGGAAACACAGCAAGGAAAGCCAAGGAGCACGGCGACGUGCUGCUGGCGAAGAUCUGUGGGCUGAUCGCCGCGGACGAGAAGCGCCACGAGAUGGCGUACACGAAGAUCGUGGAGAAGCUGUUCGAGGUCGAUCCGGAGGCGACCAUGUUGGCGUUGGCGGACAUGAUGAGGAAGAGGAUCAAAAUGCCUGCUCGGUUCAUGUUCGAUGGGCAGGAACGGGACAUCUUCCGCCACUACUCCUCCGUCGCGCAGCGGCUCGGGGUGUAUACCAGCAAGGACUACGGGGACGUGGUGGAGUUCUUCGUGGAGAGGUGGAAGGUUGGGGAAGUGACGGGGUUGUCGGGGGAGGGGAGACGGGCUCAGGACUAUGUCUGCAGUCUGCCUAGCAGGCUUCGCAAGACGGAAGAGAGAGCUCAGGAACGGGCGGAGAAGAAGACCAGCAUGGUGCCCUUCAGUUGGAUCUUUAACAGAGAAGUUGAGAUUUAAGAGUUGCACACUGCAUGGUCUGUCACAAUCUACAUGCUCUCAGCAAACACCAUAUAUAUAUCUAUAGCUUAUAGCUAUGUUUGUGCUCAUCUCUCUCUAACUC